GGACACGGAGAGCGCGGAGCGAGCGGGGCUGCGGCAGCGCCGCCGCCGAUGGCUCAGGACAACGCCGCCUUCUGCGGGGUCCCCGAGGGGGUCCCCACGGGGGUCCCGGCUGAGGCCAAGCCCCCUCCCCAGCCCCCCCAGGCCCCCAAACGCCGCCCGUGGGGGGCCGGGGGCGCCGCGGGGGCCCGGAAGCGCCAGCGCUACGUGGAGAAGGACGGCAAGUGCAACGUGCAGCACGGCAACGUGCGCGAGACCUACCGCUACCUGACCGACAUCUUCACCACCCUGGUGGACCUCAAGUGGCGCUUCAGCCUCCUCAUCUUCAUCCUGGCCUACGCCCUCACCUGGCUCUUCUUCGGCCUCAUCUGGUGGGUCAUCGCCUACAGCCGCGGCGACCUGGAGCACCUGGGCGACCACACGUGGACGCCGUGCGUCAACAACCUCAACGGCUUUGUGUCGGCCUUCCUGUUCUCCAUCGAGACCGAGACCACCAUCGGCUACGGCCACCGCGUCAUCACGGACACGUGCCCCGAGGGCAUCGUGCUGCUGCUGCUGCAGGCCAUCCUGGGCUCCAUGGUCAACGCCUUCAUGGUGGGCUGCAUGUUCGUCAAGAUCUCGCAGCCCAACAAGCGCGCCGAGACGCUGGUGUUCUCCUCGCACGCCGUGGUGUCGCUGCGCGACGACCGCCUGUGCCUGAUGUUCCGCGUGGGCGACCUGCGCGACUCGCACAUCGUCGAGGCCUCCAUCCGCGCCAAGCUCAUCCAGUCCAAGCAGACGCAGGAGGGCGAGUUCAUCCCGCUCGACCAGACCGACCUGAGCGUGGGCUUCGAGACCGGCGACGAUCGGCUCUUCCUGGUGUCGCCGCUCAUCAUCAGCCACGAGAUCGACGAGCGCAGCCCCUUCUGGGACGUGUCGCGGGGGCAGCUGGAGAGGGACGACUUCGAGAUCGUCGUCAUCCUCGAGGGCAUGGUGGAGGCCACAGGGAUGACGUGCCAGGCCCGCAGCUCCUACCUGGCGGACGAGGUGCUCUGGGGUCACCGUUUCACGCCGCUGCUCAGCCUGGAGGAAGGCUUCUACGAGGUGGACUACGGCGGCUUCCACCACACGGUGCCCGUGCCCACCCCGGCCUGCAGCGCCCGCCAGCUGGCAGCCGCCGCCGCCCGCCGCGAUGCCCACCUGUACUGGUCCAUCCCCAGCCGCCUGGACGAGGCCGCGGCCGCGGGGGGCGAGGGGGACCCCGAAAUGUCCCCCCGCGAGAGCAACGGGACCUUGGCCAGCCCCGAGUCGCGGUGAUGCCACCAAAAUCCCGGUGUAAAUAGGGAAAAAUCCCCCCUGUUACGGUGGCGGUGGUAGGUUUGGGAGGUGUGAAGGUGGGUUUGGGGUGUCCAUGGGUUUGUGGGGGCAAAAGGGGACCCCAAAAUGCCCCAAAAUCCCCCAUGAGAGCAACGAGACCUUGGCUAGGUGAUGCCACCAAAAUCUGGCUGUAAAUAGGGAAAAUCCCCCUUUUUAUGAUAUUGGUGGUGGGUUUGGGGUGCCCAUGGGUUUGUUGGGUGUCCCUGGGCUCAGGGGGCAAGGGGGACCCCAAAAUCUCUCAGGAGACCAAUGGGACCUUGGCCAGCCCCAAGCUGAGGUGAUGCCACCAAAAUCUGGGUGUAAAUAGUGGAAAAUCUCCCCAGUUAUGGUGGUGGUGGUGGGUUUGGGAUGUGAGUGGUGGAUUUGGGGUGUCUCUGAGUUUUUUGGGUGUCCCUGGGUUUGUGGGGCCAAGGGGGACCCCAAAAUCCCCCACAACAGCAACGGGAAUUUGGCCAGCCCCAAGUCAUGGUGAUGCCACCAAAAUCUGGGUGUAAAUACUGAGAAUCCUCCUUAUUAUCAUGGUGGUGAUGGGUUUGGGGUGUCCCUGAGCUUUUUGGGGUGUCCCUGAGUUUUUGGGGGCAAGGGGGACCCCAAAAUCCCCCACAAGAGCAGUGGGACCUUGGCCAGCCCCAAGCUGAGGUGAUGCCACCAAAAUCUGGGUGUAAAUAGCAAAAAUCACCCCAGUUAUGGUAGAGGUGGUGGGUUUGGGUGUCCCUGAGUUUGUGGAGACGAAUGGGACCCCAAAAUCUCUCAGGAGACCAAUGGGACCUUGGCCAGCCCCAAGCUGAGGUGAUGCCACCAAAAUCCGGGUGUAAAUAGCAAAAAUCCCCCCCUGUUAUGGUGGUGCUGGUGGGUUUGGGGUGUCCCUGGGCUCAGGGGGCGAGGGGGACCCCAAAAUUGCCCAAAAUCUCUCAGGAGACCAAUGGGACCUUGGCCAGCCCCAAGUCGCGGUGAUGAUCCCAAAACACAAAUUUAUUUAUUAAAUAUUCCCCCGAUUC